AUGUCGGUACCAUACAAGAUCGAGGCAUCGGAGGAGUUGCUCCUGGGCGGUACACAGGGCGAGCAGCAGCCCAGAGCUAGUGAGAGGAUCCCAAUCAUUGCUCGACCAUUCGUCAGCGACAGGGCGAAGAAGACCUUGGACAUUGUCGAGAAGUUCGUCGAGGAGGAAUGUAUCCCAGCCGACAGCAUCUACGCCCAGCAGGUCGGCGAGGGCGUCGUGAACCGCUUCUCUGCUCACCCACCAAUUCUGGAGGACCUCAAGAAGCGAGCACAGGAGCUUGGACUAUGGAACAUGUUCCUGCCCAAGAAUCACUUCAAGGAGGGCGCAGGUUUCAGUAAUCUGGAGUACGGUCUAAUGGCAGAGCACCUUGGCAAGAGCCAUAUUGCCUCCGAGGCUACCAACUGUGCUGCGCCGGACACUGGUAAUAUGGAGGUGUUCGCAAAGUACGGCACCCAAGAGCAGAAGGACAAGUGGCUCAAGCCGUUGUUGGCUGGCAAGAUUCGAUCAGCUUUCCUGAUGACAGAGCCGGACGUUGCCAGCUCAGAUGCUACCAAUAUCGAGCUUUCGAUCAAGAAGGAAGGUAACGAAUAUGUGCUCAAUGGCUCAAAAUGGUGGUCAUCUGGUGCUGGUGACCCUCGCUGCAAGAUCUACAUCGUCAUGGGCAAGAGUGAUCCAAACAACUCGAGCCCCUACAAGCAACAGUCCGUCAUCUUCGUCCCCGCUGAGACUCCUGGUAUCACAAUCAAGCGCAUGCUCUCAGUAUACGGCUUCGACGACGCACCACAUGGUCACGGGCACCUUGUCUUUGACAACGUUCGCGUACCUACCAGCAGCAUCUGUCUAGGUGAAGGCCGUGGCUUCGAGGUCAUCCAGGGUCGUCUUGGCCCAGGCCGUAUCCACCACGCUAUGCGCUCUAUUGGUGCUGCCGAGAAGGCGCUCGAGUACUUCUUGGCCCGCAUGAACGACCCGAGGAAGAAGCCGUUCGGCAAGCAACUACAUGAGCACGGAGUCAUGCUCGAGCGUGCUGCCCGCAGCAGAGUCGAGAUUGAUGCUUCGCGUCUGCAAGUCCUCAAUGCUGCCAUCAUGAUCGACUCCAAGGACGCCAAGUUCGCUCUCAAGGAGAUCGCAGAGGCCAAGGUGCUUGUUCCUGACAUGGCACUCAAGGUCAUCGACCGUGCUAUCCAGGCAUACGGUGGCGCGGGUGUCUGUCAAGAUACACCUUUGGCCAACAUGUGGGCGCAUGGCCGGACGAUGCGCAUCGUCGAUGGUCCUGACGAGGUCCAUCUUAUUCAGCUAGGGAGGAACGAGAACAAGAAGGGCAAGUUUAUGCAUCAGAAGAUUGAGUGGCAGAAGAAGAAGUCGGAGGAGAUGGCGAGGAGUUAUGGGAUCGAGAAGAGGGAUGUGCUGCAGCUUGAUAGGCAGCAUAGCAAGGCGAAGUUGUAG